GCCGAUGUCGCCAUUUUGACGCGCCGGAAGUCAGUCUAACAGCGAAGUCGAUGGCGCCGAUUUGAUUAUUUUCUGACGGUAAUAGAAGCUGUAUGAGAAUGACUUCAUUGAAGGUGCCAGUCAUUGAUGUCCAGAAUGACAACUUCAAAGAACUGUGGCCAUCCAUGCUCUUGGCCAUCCAGACUUCUAGCUUUAUCGCUAUUGACACAGAAUUAAGUGGGCUUGGAACAAGGAAGAGUCUACUGAAUCAAUGUAUUGAAGAACGAUACAAAGCUGUUUGCAAUGCUGCUAGAACACGCUCCAUUUUGUCUCUGGGAAUUGCCUGUUUUAAGCAGCUUCCUGAUAAGACAGAGUACACAUACCUCUCCCAGAUAUAUAACCUGACUUUGCUGUGUAUGGAAGAUUAUAUCAUUGAACCGCAGUCAGUUCAGUUCCUGGUGCAACACGGCUUUGACUUCAACAAACAGUAUUCUCAAGGCAUUCCUUACCAUAAGGGCAAUGACAAGGGAAAUGAAAAUGUGAGCCAGAGUGCCCGUACUUUCUUCAUGGAGCUUAUCCGAGCUAGGAAGCCCCUCAUUCUGCACAAUGGCCUGAUUGAUUUGGUCUUUCUGUACCAGUGCUUCUACGCUCACUUGCCGGACAACUUAGGCACCUUCACUGCAGAUCUUUCAGAGAUGUUUCCUGCUGGCAUCUAUGACACUAAAUAUGCCGCUGAGUUUGAGGCACGUUUUGUGGCCUCUUAUUUAGAGUAUGCCUAUAAGAAGUGCAAGCGAGAAAACUGCAGAUUGAAAGACUCCCAAAAGCAGCACCUCAUCAUAGAGUUCUGCAGCUACCCUGCCAGCAUAGCUUCCUAUGUUGACUACCGCUUUUGCUCUCUGUCUGAUGCCAACCUAUCUGGGACUGACACUUCAAACAAAAUUGUUAUCUGCCAGACUUUUUCGGCCUAUGGCUGGUGUCCAGAUGGGGUGAAGUGUUCACAGUCUCACAAUAUUGAUCUGAUAAUCACUGAGGAUGAAAACCACAAAGAGGAAAAACGGAAGAGAAGAAAGCAGAAAUGGAAGCGUCGUAAGAAUAUUGCUGAGCCCUCAGAAAAACCUGAGCUGGGAAGUUCUGAGAAGGAUGGAAAGGUGUCUUGGAACGUGGAAGAUGGUCCUCCCUCCAAGCUUUCUUGUCCUAACAAUAAUACUCCUGUUAUAGAUGGUGUAGUAACAGAGACUACAUCUAGUAAAGAGGACAGUUUUAUGGAUGUGGAACAAGAAGUUAGUUCUGACAGUGCAACUGAUGCCAAGACAGAUGAGGAACAAGCCAGUGCUAUGGACAGUCAGUGCAUCAUUUCACCAUCCGAAGAUGGUCAACCGAAAGGAGCAAUAAGAUCAGAGCAAAAGGCCCAGCUAGAGAAUGCAACUGCAACAUUCUCCUUGCCUGUCACAGAGAAAACAGUGACACCAUUGCCUAGCUGUUCAGAGGGAGGCAUUCAUAGAGCUGGCUUUGAUGCUUUUAUGACAGGCUACAUCAUGGCAUAUGUACAUAUGCUGAAACAUGGUGAACACAGAAACUCAGGUGAAGGGCCUUGGUUGCCAGACUGUCACAACAAAUUGUACCUCAGUGGAAAGUCUGUGCCACUUCAGAUAGUGAAAAGUGUGUUUUCAAAAUCCUCAAAAGCCCACAACCAGAAGAUGAAAUUGGCUUGGGCCAGCAGGUAGAACCAGUAGUUUUGCUGUAUGGGACUCCUCAGAACAGAACAGUUUCUAGCCAUAAUCCAGAAACCAAAUGAGGACUGUAGGAUUCCAAGCAGCUCCUUGGACUAAGUAGCACAAUAAAACAGUCUGUGGGUUAAUUUUUAAACAUCUGAAUGAUUAAAUUAGUCUGUUGA